AUGCGCGUUCUUCUCCCGAGCCUGUAGUAAGAGGAGGAGGAGAGCGCGAGCGCGGCAGCUCCUCACAGGGCACACAUCUCCAGCAGGCUUCAUCCCUCUCUUCAUCCAUCCUUUCCCGAAACGCACUGUAGCAAUGCGGCAGGACGGAUCCAUGCAGAUGGCUGCGCCGCAGAAAGAGAACGCUGAUCAAAACUUUGACUACAUGUUUAAACUGCUGAUCAUCGGAAACAGCAGCGUGGGCAAAACUUCGUUCCUCUUCCGCUACGCUGACGACUCGUUCACGUCGGCGUUCGUCAGCACAGUCGGCAUCGAUUUCAAAGUCAAGACUGUGUAUAAGAAUGACAAGAGAAUUAAGCUGCAGAUCUGGGAUACAGCAGGACAGGAGCGCUACAGGACCAUCACCACAGCCUACUACCGCGGAGCAAUGGGAUUCAUCCUCAUGUAUGACAUUACCAAUGAGGAGUCAUUUGGGGCUGUGCAGGACUGGUCAACCCAAAUAAAGACUUACUCUUGGGACAAUGCACAAGUCAUCCUGGCUGGGAAUAAGUGUGAUAUGGAGGAAGAGAGAGUUGUGUCUGUGGAUAGUGGCAGACUGCUGGCGGAACAGCUUGGCUUCGAGUUUUUUGAGACAAGUGCAAAGGAUAACAUCAACGUGAAGCAAACGUUCGAGCGCCUCGUUGAUAUCAUCUGUGACAAAAUGUCUGAGGGCCUAGAGACUGAUCCUGCGGUUACCACGGGAACGCAGGGCAACGCCAGGCUAACAGACAACCCUCCACCAUUACAGCAACCCAACUGUUCGUGUUAGUGAACAACUAACUGUUCAUAGUCGUGUGUGUGUGUGUGUGUGUGUGUGUGUGUGUGUGUGUGUGUGUGUGUGUGUGCACAGAUAUGUGCGUGUGUGUGUAUCUAGAAAUUAGGCUUCUUUAGUUCGAGGCACUAAACCUUUAACGUCACGGCUCCUGGAUGGAACGAGCUGAAUCUCAUUGUUCAGGAAAGGCAUGUUAAGGGUCCUGUGACGUGGUAUUCACCCACAUCCCCAGAUUUUAUGAACUUGGAAUGGAAUGGAGUGGAAUGCAUUUCUGAGAAAAAGUGGUUUAAAAUGCCUCAAUGCUUUAGUGGCAAAAACCUCUGUAAAUAUUAGCAUUACCAAUCCAGCUCAGUCAUGAACCUCUGUCCUAGACCUGUAUCUAUAGACCAACACUGUUUCAUAACCUGUCCAGUGUGAAUCCUGCUGCAGCUUAGUGCUAAAGCUGAUCAGAGCACGAUAGCUGAAACAAAACGAUGCAUAUUACACUAUAUAUGUUUACUAAUAAAGUAAACAAUGGUGGCACUAGAAAAAAAAGCUUAUAAACAGUGGAUUCAAUGAUAUUUUUGUUAGUUAGCUACAAAAAAAUAAAAGAUUUCACUUAAUUUACAAAGAAGGGAAAGGAAAUCUUGUACAAAAAUAGAUUUUAGUGUCCAGUCAGGACUCGAAAUAUAUAUAAAAAAAAAAGAUUACAAAGAUAUGUAUAAAAAAAAAAAAAUACAAAAUAAAAAACCUGUAUAGUGUUGUAAUUUAUUAGAAUAUAUCAGAUUUAUAUCUGUCAGCCAUAAACUGAAUAUGUGCUCAGAAACAUAGUUCCUCAUUGUAGUAGUUUCUCACAAGGAAUGCAUGUAUUUCAUCAAAUGAAAUCUGGGGGGAAAAAAUUGUGUUCCAGUUUUUUGUUAGACUGCGGAAAGUCACGCUUCAAAUAAUUUAGAAUCGCAGUACACCAAAACCUUUACGUGUCGAUAAGAGCUCUAAAAAACCCUUAGUUCUUUAUAGAUUUAACUUUUCCCUGUAAACUGUUUAUUUCUUGUUUUAGUUUUUUUUUGCCAGAUACAUUUAAGUGUUUCUCUCUAAAACAGCCACUUAAAGCAGUGGUGCCUUUCAACAUUUCCCCACUCAUCCACUGUCUUAUUUUGAUCCUUCUAUCAUCAGAGAGGAUUUUUGCAUGUAAAAUGAUUAGAUUCUGUAAAAGGCAAGUCGUUCUUUCCUCUCAUCGUCUUAUUAAAUAGUGAACGGUGUGAAAGAGGAGGAAGCUAUUUCUGCACCAUCACUCGUACAAUCAAUAUUUCAUACAGCAAAUCUGACUUUUCUUUAAUCUAAAAAUAACAGCACUGUUCUCCUGGUUGUAAUCCUCCACCUCUACGUAGAUGUUUCUGUUCUCAUUCAUGGCGUGUUGUCAAGCAUCGUAUUGCAGUCCCUCUCUUAAAAGAAUAAACUGAUGAAUAGAAAUGUAGCCCUUAAAGUUAGACUUCUGUUGAAUGUGCUUUGUGUGUCAAGUGUGUGUGUGUGUGUGUGUGUGUGUGUGUGUGUGUGUGUGUGAUGUGAAAUUAUAAUAGAGAAACACAGAAAAAAGCAGUUCUAUUUAUUGUUAUUAAAUGCGAGUAGGCCAGUGUGUGUAAUGUUAAACAGUCCUUAUGCAUCGCUGAUGUGGAAUCAGUGCAGCUGUUCUCUGCAGCGUUUAGCAUUACACUUGCAUGAAAUAUGUGACAUCUAUAUUUAGAGAUUGGUAUCUAUAUUCUAGUCGUUUAAAAUCUGCAUCCUGCACAGCUGUGGGCUGCAAUGGGCCAAUAAGUGCAAUAUUUGAAAUCCUGUUUCCUGUACAUACUGUAGAUGUGUAAUCUGAUGAAUGUGUAUUUCUGCUGUGUGUGUGUGUGUGUGUGUGUGUGUGUGUGUGUGUGUGUGUGUGUGAGAGGGAGAUAGAAAGAGUAAAAAGAGGUCUAUUUGACAGAGUCUGGUGUGAAUCAUACUCUUUUGUGUGUGUGUGUGUGUGUGUGUGUGUGUGUGUGUGUGUGUGUGUGUGUGUGUGUGUGAGAGGGAAAUAGAAAGAGUAAAAGAGGUCUAUUUGACAGAGUCUAGUGUGAAUCAUACUCUUUUUGUGUGUGUGUGUGUGUGUGCGCGUGCGUUUGUAAUUAGACACUAGUUUCUUCAAGUUUUCUUAAAACACUAGUUUCUUGCCUAAAUGUGGUAAAAUGUGUUUCUGUAAAUCCCUUUUGAGACUGAGAGCAUGCUUGGUUUGCUGUGGCUGUUCCAAAAGUACAUGAUUCUUCACUCACACAUGAGCCAGGUAACUAGAUUAUACUUUAUUAGGAUGAAUUUUUACUCAUUUUGUCUACAUUUCCUUAAGCCCUAUAAUAAUGAAUUAUGUCAUGAUGAUUAUUUGAUAUGAAAAGCAAAUCAGUGUUGACAGAAAUCCAAUUGAUUUUGACGACAUUUGAUUUUGCUGUGCUGUUUGUAAGAAUUCCUGUUGAACUGCUCAUUUUGUUUGUGUGAUAAAUGUAUGACCAAAUGUUACUGUUGAAAAUACAGAUAAACCUACAAAUUGUAUUGAUACUCCAAUAAAGUUAUUAAUGAAGCAUUCA